AUGCAGUCAGGAAUUACAGUCUCCUCGGAGCUCCACGAUGCCUUCAACCACUUCACCACCGACCCCUCAACCUUCUGUCUCCCCGUAACCAUCACAGGCGAAACCCUCACCCCCCUCACCCCAAUCUCCUUCACCGGCUCCUCCACCAGCCCAGAUGCAUUCUACACUUCUCUUUCCCAGAUCUCCUCGAUCCUGCAGCCCAAGACCCCGAUCUACCUGCUCCUGCGCCGCCCGCUCGGUUCCAAGACCACCCUCGUCGCAUUGACCUAUAUCCCAUCCAAUGCGCCUGUCCGGCCAAAGAUGCUCUUUGCUUCGACCCGGUCCACGCUGGUCCGGGAGCUAGGUACUGAGAAGUUUGAUGAUACGGUCUUUGCUACGGAGGAGGAGGAGAUUGUGGGCCGGGAGGCGUGGUCGGAGCGGGAUGGUGAUAAGGCGGGUGUGGGGAGGGAGGCGCUUAUGGGUGAGAAGGAGCGUGAGCUUGAGGCUGUGAGGCGCGCUGAGGCUGAGGCCAGAAGUGGCACGCCGCAGAGGGAUAUUGGUAUUGGGGGGAACUUUUGGGCCUGGUACGGGUUCGGGUAUGAGAGUACUGUGGAUAUCCCCACGGAGACUAUCACCCUUGCCGACAACCAGUCUGGGGUUCAACCGGACUCUGUUGCCACCCAUAUCUCCUCCACUUCGCCUCGGUAUUCCUUCUAUCACUAUCCUGGCUCGGAUGUGGUAGUGUUCAUUUACACGUGCCCCACGGGAUCGUCCAUCAGGGAGCGCAUGCUGCAUGCCAGUUCGCGGAGGAAUGCUAUCACGGUCGCCGAAGGGGAGGGACUCAAGAUCAACAAGAAGAUCGAGGCUUCGGGACCGGACGAGAUCACUAGAGAUCGGUUGAAGGAAGAGGUGCAUCCGGCACAGGAUUCGGGUCCUGCACGGGGCUUUGCACGCCCCAGACGUCCCGGCCGGUAG